GCGGUGCCGAUUGUUAAUGGAAAACAAAGCAAAUCUUCCCAACUUCCAUCCCCAACAAACUGCUCGCUCGCUUGACACAACCGCUGUUGUUGUGUCUGUGCCGUUGUUGUUGUUGCUGUUGUUGUGAUUGAUGGCGACGACAAUUGAAGACGCGCUCCAACAAUGGAGCAAGGUGGAGCUGGAGAACCUCAAGAAAGACCUCGACGAUGACGCCCUAGCCAUGGAGCAGCGACGCAAGGAGCGAGACGAGUGCCGAAGUAGGCUGAAGAGCCAAACACAGGCGUUCCGCAAGACGCUGAACGAGGAAAUGCGGACUGCGUUCAAACCACUCCUGAGUCUUUACCAAACAGAGGUGCAAGGGCUGGUCAAGAUGUGCAAGCAGUCGGAGAAAUCCUUCCUGUCCAUAUACGAACGUCUCGUCGCGGUGCCUGAUCCAACGCCGUUCCUGACGCGCGUCAAGGCACUCAGCGACGAAGUGAAGCAGCUCAAGAUGAAGAACACAGACCUUGAAUUGCAGGUUGAGAACAAGGACAAGACCUUGCAGGACUACCGGUCUCGCCUCUCCGGAUCAAAGGACCAGGAUACGACCAUCCAGCGGCUGCAGGAAGAACUGGCCGAACUGGAACGCGAUGUGGACGCGCGUGUGGAGGUGAAGUUGAAGGAGCAUGUGCGGCGCAUGGAGCAGGACAACGCGGCCAAGCAGCAGCACUACGAGGCCGAGCGCGCAACACUGUUGCAGCGUGUUCUCGAGGCUGAAGCGACCGCACAGACCUCAGCCUCGAACGCGAAAGAGAGCGUGACGCAGGCGCUGGAUGCGCGCAAUCAAUAUGAGGACGAAAUUGAUGCCCUGAACCGAGCUGCAGACAUGGCGCACAAUCAGCUGGAAGCGGCAAACGCGCGCGUAGAGGAGCUCGAAUCAGAGCUUGCGCACUGCCGCGAGCAGCUGCAAGAUGCGCUGACGGCGGAGAGGGAUGCGGCGGCAACGGCCGCAAACACAUCCAUGCAUGACGCAAUCAAUGCCGAUUUGGAAAGCGAGUUGCAGCUCAAGGACCGCGAGAUUGCACGGCUUCUUUCAAACCACCACUCCCUCCAGACACAAAUCACCUCUCUCACUGCCGACUACGAGGCACGCCUGUCCAAUGCAGACUCGGAACUCACAUCCGCACGACAAGAAGCAGCGCGGCUGCGGAGUGCACUUGAUGGUGCGAAAGAUUAUGAUGACAUCAAGAAUGAACUUGCCAUCCUCCGAAGAAUAGAGUUUGGGGAAACGUCAGACGCGACCUCACAGCCGCUCGAGGUUCUGCUGAAGCGGAAGAACGCGCAGCUUGAGUCGGAGAACACACGUCUUCGCAAUGAGUACGACUCGCUCAAGACGGCAUUCGACGCCUUCAAGGAGGAGCACGUUGAGGUGUCUGCGACAAUUAAGGAGCAAGGCGAGCUGAUUUCACGGCUGGAGGACCACCUUGCAACCGUUGAUCCAAACACCAGCGCCACCAACAGCCACAGCAACCGCACAAGCCAGCAGCACACCCCAUCCCUCGCCAGCCGUCAUGUCGGUGAUGGCGGAGAUGGGAUGAGCGAAAUUGAGCUGUCAUCACCAUCAUCUGCGUCGUCGUCGUCGCUUCGUCCUGUUCGCACGCCAGCGGCACUCGUCACACCGACAGACGUCAACAACGCAAACGCAGGCAACUCUGGGGUGCUGCUCGGCAUUGUGACGAGCCAGCGCGACCGUUUCCGGCAGCGGAUUGUGGAGCUUGAGAGCGAGGUGGGGCGGGAGCGGCAACAGCGCCAGAGCAUGCAGAACCAAGUCGACCAAAUCAGGGCGGACAACAUAAAGCUGUAUGAGAAGAUUCGAUAUCUGCAGUCGUACAACAACAACACCGGGACUGGCUCGUCAUCGUCAUCCUCCCGCCACACCUCGACUACCCGCGGCAAUGACCCUCUCCUCAACAAAUAUGCGUCAGAGUACGAAGACAAAAUCAGUCCUUUCCAUGAGUUUUCAUCAAAGGAGCGGCAGCGAAGGAUUAUGAAUCUCAACGCCGGCGAUCGCUUGACUUUGACACUGGGCAAGGCUGUGAUGGGGAGUAAAAACGCCCGCCUCAUAUUCCUCGGCUACGCCAUCAUUGUGCAUCUCCUCAUCUUUGUGGUGCUGUACAAGUACUCGCACGCGGGCGUCACGCGACAAAACCUUGCCGAGACAUGCCACCAGUUCUUUGCCGCGCACCACUUGAGCCAGGAGACGGCUGUUGACCAUGCCCACGGCAUCCACUUUGACAGCGAGCAGCUCCACGAUUCUGGCGGUGGCGGUGUUGAUUGAUGUGAACGCGAAACUCAGACCACACACUACAACAAGCUGCGCAAGUAUGUGUGUGUCGUGGAUGUGCAUGAAUGUGGCCUGUCAUCAUGUGUGUGUGUGUGUCUUCAGGUACCGUCUGACACCCUCUAUUCCUAAUCAAAACAAUGGCGCUUUGACCAUCUCUCGCUUCAAUGCUGAUUGCCGUGUUCUUCAUUGGCUGUUUGUUACAUGACAUGACAAGGACAUGACGACACCACCCCGCCCUCAACCUCCUCUGCCUUGUUGCAGCUGCAAAGAGCAAGAGCGACCGAUGUGUCGAUUAUUGGUUGGUAUGUUACAAUAAAUUUCCCAAUUCCAG